UGUGACAUCAAGAUCAAGCCCGAGGUGUGUCAGGGAGGGUGGAGGGCCGCGGCACGUCACCCAGCACCGCCUCGCCGUGUGUUACUUCGCCAUUUCUUUCGUUGCAUGGCCAGGAAGUCACUCGCCUCAGGAGGGACAGAGGCGGCCAGUGAGGGGUUAGCGCGGACAUCACCGAGAUGCUGUGAAGGGGAGACAUCCGUUGGACGGCCUGAAGAUGGAGGACGCCCCUGCCACUGUGGAGGAAGACGGCGCCACAGAGGAAGUGUUGAAGUUUAAGUGUCACCAGUGCGAGGAAGUGCUGAGCAGCCAGAGCCGGUUCAUUCAGCACUCACUGUCCCAUUGUGGUGUGGCUGUCUUCUGCUGCCAGGACUGUGAGCAGCUGUUUUACUGUGAGAAGCAGCUGGAGCAACAUGCCUCCCUUCACGGCAGCCAGGAGAAAUACGGAUGCAAGGUGUGUGGCAAGCUGUUCACGAGGGAGAGUAACCUUGACAGACACAUGAAGAUUCACUCUGGGGAGAGGGACUUUGUGUGUGAGGUGUGUGGGAAGGCGUUCGUCAGGAAGAGCGACCUCCAGCAACAUGAGAACAUCCACGCUGACUUUAAAAAGUUUAAAUGCAGCGAAUGCGGCAAGGCGUUCGCUCAGAGGGGUAGUCUAGCGCGACAUGUGCUGAGCAUCCACCCCGGGGCAAACCAGCACAGGUGUGACGAGUGUGGGGCGUCUUUCACCUCAAAAAGCGAACUCAACCGACACGUAAAGAUGCACAUCCUGGCGCGUGGCUACCACUGCGACGUGUGCGGCAAAACCUUCAAUUUGCACAGCAGCUACAAGCGACACAUGAACAUACACACACAAGAGAAGCAGUACAGGUGUAUGAUAUGUGAGAAGGUAUUCAACAACAAGAACAACCUCACCAAGCACCUCAACACACACACCGGGGAGCAGCAGUUUAAGUGUGAGGUCUGUGGACGCACUCAGUACUCUCGGAGCGACCUGACGCGGCACAUGAACAUACACACCAAGGAGAUAGAGUACAAAUGCGAGGAGUGCGGGAAAGUGUUUUACAAGAAGAGUGACCUGACUCGACACACCAACAUCCACACGCAGGCACGAAUAUACCCGUGCGAGGAGUGUGGCCGCACCUUCACGCACAGGAGCAGCUACAAGCAGCACGUCAACAUUCACACCCGGGCGGAACAGUUCUGCUGCGACGAGUGCGACAAAGUGUUCUACCAGAGGUCCAGUCUCGUCAAGCACAAGAACAUACACGCCGGAAUCAAGUACGAGUGCGACGAGUGCGAAAAGACGUUCAACGAAAAGGGUCACCUCAAUAAGCAUAAGAAUGUUCACGCCAGACGAAGGGAGAGACUAAGAGACGGCUACAGUAAAUCCUCCAGUUAAUAACACCAUCAUCAUCAUCAUCAUCAUCACCAGACUUCCCUAGUCCAGUGCAGUGCCUUGCCCAGUGUUCUCCACCCCUCUCUGGCUGGUGUUAGUGUGCUCCAUUGUGCACUGGCCUAGGACCUAAUGUAGUCUCUGCCUGGUUCUUUGGCUGAUGGAAGUGUGCUCCAUUAUGCUCCAGCAAGGGCUCAAGUUUUAUCUCUUCACAUGGUUCUCUGUCUGGUGUUAGUGCAUUCCAACCUGCUGUGGGUAAGGUUCUAGUUUCAUCUCAUUAUCUGGAUAUUUUUCUGAUGGAUGAAGCAGUACAGGCUGUUCAUGAGUGUGACAAAGACAUUUAGAUCAUGGAAGAUUCAGCACACCUUGGUAGUUUAGUACAGAGAAAUGCAGACUGAGAGGUUCCUGGGGCUGGGCCUGCCACACGGUGUUAUGGACUCCCUCAGCACAAGCAUAUGACGUUGUACAUACCUGUGUAGAAGGACAAAGGUUCAGACCUUCACAUCGCUUGUGCUUCCUGUCUCACUCAGUGGCUGUGUGACAUGGAGACUAAAUGGACUUGGAGAGGUGAAUUGAUGCCUCUGGUAAUAAUUGAUUACUCAUGAUCAUGGGAUAUCCUGCCUCUGGGACUGAAGGUCUCCUGGGCCAAAACCAAGGUCCAGUCGUGUAGUGGCUUGCUGGAUGACUUGGUUUAAUCUGUUCAUGCAUGUGGUGAAGAUGCUGAUGUCACCAAAAGCUUGACAUACCUUGGUAGUGUAGUGCAUAACAAUGGUGGGUCUUACCAGGAAGUCACUCGACGGAUUGGCCUGGCCCACGGUGUUAUGGACUUGCUGAAUACGAGUAUAUAACAUUGUAGAUACCUAUGCAGGCGGACAAAGAUUUGAAUCUAAGUAGGUUGUGCUCCCUGUCUUACUGUAUGGCCCUGAGACAUAGACACUGAAUAGCAACUUGGAGAGGCAUGUCGAUGCCUUUGGUACCAAGUGGCUUCGCAGGGUCAUGGGGUAUCGCUGGAAAGACUUCGUGUUGAACCAGCGACUACUCCGUCAAACUGAAUCAAGGCCUGUUACUAGCUUAGUCCGUGAAUGCCAACUCUGGCUGUAUGGGCACAUGGCGCGCCUCCCAGACGUCGAUCCUGCCCACAGGGUUGUUUCUGUAUGAGACAACCCUGAGUGGAGAGGCCAAGGGGACGCCCACGUAACUCAUGGCUGGGGUAAGGCAGCUGAUCCUGCCGGGAGGGACUUAGGAUGGAGAGGGCAGCUGCCUUGGGACUUGCUUGGGAGUAUAGGCGGUGAGUGAAGCGAUGCGCCCCCGGGCGUAUGCUCCCCUUUCGUAGCAUCAGUAUGAGGUAUUGCUGGAAUGACUGUGUCAAAUUGGCAGAUUUUCUGAGACUGGAUCAAGGCUUAUUACUUGCAUAGUUCAUGACCACCAGCCCCACCUCUAUGGACAUGUGGCACACUACCCACCAGCCAACCCUGCUCACCGGGUGUUACUCUGAGAGACAUUCCUGAGUGGAGGAGGAGGCCAAAGGGACACCCACACAGCUUGAGGUUGGGCAAGUCAGUUGAUCCUGCCAUGGGGCACUUGGGAUGGGAAGGGAGGCUGCAUGGAGACUUACUUGUCCUAGGGUGGGUGAGGCAGCUCCCCCUCUGGCAUGGGGCUCUGUUGAUUGAUUUCUGGUUUUAAAGUACAACAUCCAGCUAAGGCAAAUUAUAUGAUUUAAUCUCCACUUUGUUCUCAGUUGACCUUGGCUUCUACAAUCACUCACUUGCCACUCUGUUACUCUGGGCUGUCAUCAGGUUCAUGCAUGAAUAACCUGCAUUAGUUCACUUUCUGAUUGUACUUGACAUUAGGAUACCUUCAGCUUUGUCAUUCCCAGUCCAUGAUGCUCUCUCUCCCCAUGUUAUUGUCCUGCCCCCUCACUGGAGCUUCCCUCAGGGGGUACACAAGGCUACACAAGGACAUAGGGAGACCACCAGAGGCCAGACAGACAGCCCACACAAGACAGCUCCUGAAAACGAGCUGCACACCAAAUCCCAUCCCGGCCACAAAAGCAACUAAUCUCCAUUUAACCCGUCCGCUGCAAUUGGCACGGAUUUGGCCUUCACUGGUAGCCUGGUAAUGCAUACUCCCAGGUCUUCCUCUGCCUCUGUGGUGGAUAGUGGAGUGUUUCCCUUGUGGUAUUGGUGUGCUGCAGGACUUUACAUUUUCUUCAUUUAAUUGUAGCAGCCACUUUUUGUUCCAUUCCUGUAGCUUGGUGAGGUCUGCUUGUAGGAAAUCCACAGUCAAGGGGUUAAAGGAUUCAUUUGUGUUUGCUUCAACUACACAUCUACUCAGUUUGUUCCACUCAUCCUCCACUCUGUCUGUUUUUACCCAUUUCUUUUCUGAGAAGUGCUUGUCCUCAAAUCAAUUUUCCAUAUGAUCACUUCGUUUAUGUUGCCCUUGUUAAUACCCUCAAUCCCUUUGAACACCUCAGUCUAUGUCGUUCCAAAUAAUGCAAGUUAACUCGGUAGAAGUGACAUGCCAAAUUUGUGGCUUCACCGUGUAGCAGUGAUGGGCCAAAUUUGUGGCUUCACCGUGUACCAGUGACGGGCCAAAUUUGUGGCUUCACCGUGUAGCAGUGACGGGCCAAAUUUGUGGCUUCACCGUGUAGCAGUGACGGGCCAAAUUUGUGGCUUCACCGUGUAGCAGUGAUGGGCCAAAUUUGUGGCUUCACCGUGUAGCAGUGAUGGGCCAAAUUUGUGGCUUCACCGUGUAGCAGUGAUGGGCCAAAUUUGUGGCUUCACCAUGUAGCAGUGACGGGCCAAAUUUGUGCCAUGAUAUAAAACCCCCCAAAAUAGAUGAUGCAUAAAGUGAUCACAAAUGCUUUGAUAUAUACUAUGCAAUGGUCUGUGUGAGUGAUGAUUUUUUCUGAUUUUUCUUGCUCAGAGGGACCAUUAAGAAACAUGAUCCCCGCUGCUACUGGGUUAAACUGCUUUAGUCUUUUUCUGUACGUUAAGUUCCUAAGUCCCUGGAUUGUUUUAGUCAUUCUCCUCUAUUGUUUCAAGGGGCUAUAUCCUUCCUGUAAUAGGGGUGCCAGAACUGAACAGCAUAAUCUAGGUGGGGCAUAACCAGAGACAAAUACAACUGGAGGAUAACUUACGCGCUCUGGUUGCUGACACCUCAAAAUAAACCCCAAGACUUUCUGCUGUUUCUAGUGAUAAUACAAUCAUUCUUGUGUUGAGGUCAGAGCUUGCACGCACACCCGAAUCCCCCUUGCUGCUGGAGUGGUCAAGGGGCGAGUUAUUUAGUGUGUAAUUACUCUGGGGGUUAUUUCUUCCCACACUAAGGACGUUGCAUUUGUCAAUAUUGAACUGCAUCGUACAUUUGUCGGGCCACUCAUACAGGACAUUUAGUUCCUCAUGGAGUAUAGCAGCAGCGUUGUCUGAAGUGAUCAGUCUUCCUAUUUUUGUGUGGGCAGACUUCCUUGUGCCGCUGGUUACAUGGCAGAGACAUCUUCAACUUUCCCUGUUCCAUCACUCCUCCAGAGCACACUUGGUCCCUUACCUAACAACUUUAAUAUACAUCCACUAUGUUGAUGCAUUUCAAGGGUGGUUCACCUCUGAGACCUCCUCCCUUGCUACCCUCAUUCACCCUUCUCAGAGUAAGCCUCAUUCAUUCUUAUGAAAUAAAAACAUAAGAAGUUUAAUUGCAUUGUUUGGGAAGGCAGUCUGCAAGGUGGUUCAAUUGAAGUAUUUAACCCAUCUGCUGUGAUUGGAACGACUUUGGCUUUCACUGGUAGCCUGAUAACAUACAGUCCCAUGUCUUUCUCUGCCUCUGUGGUGGAGAGCAGAGUGUUUCCCAUGUGGUAUGGGUAUGUGGGCUAUCCCCUCCCAAGGUGCAGGACUUUACAUGUUUCUUCAUUGAAUUGUAGCAGACACUUUUUGAUCCAUUCCUGUAGCUCGGUGAGGUCUUCUGUUAGGAAAUUUGCAGUCAAUGGGUUAAAUGUGUCGAGGGGAUUAGCAAGGGCAAAUUAGAGAAAGCACUCAUAUUGAAAGCAGAUGUUAUAACAGCAACGGGUAUGGAUAGGGUUAAUUCAGGUUCAGGAAGAAAAAAGGUAAAACUGGUUCAUGAAUAGGGUGUGGGUGAGUGGAACAAACUAAGCAGGUAUUCAGUUGAUGGUAACACUAUUAUAAGCUUUGAAUGAAGGUUAGAUAGUCAAGAGUGAGGGUGGGUGUUAGCGAAUUACUCUUUCCCAGGAGCUGUGACGUGUGUGCUGCUGUCUCUGUGUAUCCUCGUGCAUCCUGCCAGUUCUAUUGUAUGGCUCAGAAACUUAUUGGAGCCUUACUAAAGGUCCAGAGAGACAGCUAAGAUGCACACAAAGAUGGGUGGAGAGAAGGAUAUUGUGUUUUAGGAAGAGGCAGAGGUUGAAGAUAUUCCAAUGGGCUCGGGCAAGGCAUCAUGUGUAGACCUGAUAACAGAUAGAUAACAAAAGUAACAGUGACAACCCAGAUCUUGUAGCGUCAGAGGAGACAGAGAACCCGGUGGAAAGAUAAAACUAUAGCAUUUGCUAGAGCAGGAUGGUACGUGAACCUCAGAGAGAGAGAGAGAGAGAGAGAGGUGGAAGAUGCUGGGAAAGGCCUUUAUCCUGCAGUGGACUGACUAGUGGUGGCUGUUGCUGCUAUUUUCAUUGCUUCUGGAUAUAUUGUUUACCUAAUAAGCAAAAGCUGACAGAACCAAAUUUAGCUGCAGUUAAAGUCCGUUGAUAUGAACUCCAUUGAUCAAAAAAUACUUUAGUCUGAAUUCGUGCCAAUGGAAUCCUAGAAUAAGACUGAAUUCUUGAGGGCAGAAAGUUAUGUUCUUCCCACAGAUCAAAAUUGCAUGAUAUUUUGAAGGCAUGAAUUUAUAAUCAUCCCAAGGAACAACGGUGACAUUCUUAGAGACAGGCAGUUAUCACCCCCACCGUAGGGAACGUUGACGGCAGGAAAUUAUGACCCCUGUAAAGAAGUGAUUGUUGAAGGCAGGAAAUUAUGACCCCUGUAAAGAAGUGAUUGUUGAAGGCAGGAAAUUAUGACCCCUGUAAAGAAGUGAUUGUUGAAGGCAGGAAAUUAUGACCCCUGUAAAGAAGUGAUUGUUGAAGGCAGGAAAUUAUGACCCCUGUAAAGAAGGAAUUAUUGAAGGCAGGAAAUUAUGACCCCUGUAAAGAAGUGAUUAUUGAAGGCAGGAAAUUAUGACCCCUGUAAAGAAGUGAUUGUUGAAGGCAGGAAAUUAUGACCCCUGUAAAGAAGGAAUUAUUGAAGGCAGGAAAUUAUGACCCCUGUAAAGAAGUGAAUUAUUGAAGGCAGGAAAUUAUGACCCCUGUAAAGAAGGAAUUAUUGAAGGCAGGAAAUUAUGACCCCUGUAAAGAAGUGAAUUAUUGAAGGCAGGAAAUUAUGACCCCUGUAAAGAAGUGAAUUAUUGAAGGCAGGAAAUUAUGACCCCUGUAAAGAAGGAAUUAUUGAAGGCAGGAAAUUAUGACCCCUGUAAAGAAUGAAUUAUUGGAGGCAGGAAAUUAUGACCCCUGUAAAGAAGGAAUUAUUGAAGGCAGGAAAUUAUGACCCCUGUAAAGAAGGAAUUAUUGAAGGCAGGAAAUUAUGACCCCUGUAAAGAAGGAAUUAUUGAAGGCAGGAAAUUAUGACCCCUGUAAAGAAGGAAUUAUUGGAGGCAGGAAAUUAUGACCCCUGUAAAGAAGGAAUUAUUGGAGGCAGGAAAUUAUGACCCAUGUAAAGAAGUGAAUUAUUGGAGGCAGGAAAUUAUGACCCCUGUAAAGAAGGAAUUAUUGAAGGUAGAAAAUUAUGACCCAUGUAAAGAAGUGAAUUAUUGAUGGCUGUCUGAUUCUUGGAGGCAGGACCAUACACUUAAUUCCUUAAACAAGAGUGAUGCUUCAAGGCAGGAAAGUGUAAUCCCUGAAGAAGAAAAAGUAAGUUCUUGAAGGCAGGACAUUGCAGGCUCCUCAAAGACAAGUUCCAUAAUUGUUAGUGCAGAAAUCAUUCAAGAUAACUUAGGCUAAUGGACUUCACAGAAUUUCUGAAAUGUUUGGUAGUUUUGUGUGGCUUGAUAAAUUGAUUUUGUACAUACUAUGGAGGUAGAAUAGAUGGAUGCAGCACCUCACAGGGAAAGUGAAAAGUGAGGCCACUGUGAGUACUGAUGUUGGGAUUGGCAGAAAGCGGAUAAACAUAACCACCUCACCUAACCCUUCCCUGCCCUCCCCUUCCCAGUCGUUGAGUUACCUGAUUACAGGAGGACAAUCUUGUCUGUGCAAGCCAGUAUUCUACUUCCAUAGUGUGAGCUUCUUGUCCGGCACGUGAUUGAUGCUGUCCCUGGCAGCUGGUUGCCAGAAGUGUCUGUACAGAUAGUAACUGUCUAGCAGUUGUGGGAAUACUGUUUCUGUUCAGUACAUAAAUGUUUGUUAAAAAAAAUAAAAGUCUUAGAUGAAGUUACUGAGGUUUAUCAAUGUGAGAUAAUGAUUUUGCCAGUAAUUUCCAACUGUCAAAAUUACAGUGAAAUUGCUGCAUGUUGUAUUGCAGGCUUGUUUGUGCUAAGAUAACCUACACAGUGUGAGGUGUGCAUUGAUGCCUUAACCUUAACAGACUCCAAGCAAUCUAAGGAAAGCCUAGUGCAUCCACAAGGUGGUGUCAUUGUCUUACAUGUUCAAAACAUGAGGCAGGAUGGACUGCACCAAAAAAAAAAAAAAAAAAAAGGGAAAGCAAUCUGUCAUGAAUUGGCUCAGUGUUAGCAACUCAAGCAAAUGUGUUUUCCAAGUUGUCUGUGUACAUGCCAGUGAGACACAUGUCCUUUGUCAUGUCACUUGCCUUUAAUUAAAACAUGUUGAAAGUUAUUUACAUGUGUGAAACGAUUAUACUGUCAAACAGCUCACUGGGAAACUUCAAGUUCAGGCUAUGGCAAAAAGAGUUGCCAGACAUCCAGCAAGAUCAUUCCUGUCAGCGGCCGGCUGUGCCUGAUGACGAGGAACAUUGUGCUGUAUUAUAUUUUAAUUCAUAUAGUAUGCAUUUUAUAUGUAUGGUGAAAUGUUUAUCCUUAGUAUAUCAUUCAUUUUUACCAUUAUUUGAUAUAUUACCCUAAUAAACAUUGGAGCAAUGA